AGCCAUCCACCGGCCUCCAAUUUCAAUUCAACAAGUUAUCAGCAGUCUGUAGAGGUUUUAAAUGGCGAAUUGGUCACGUUUUUAUAGACGCACCCUGUCUGAACAGUGUACUGUUACCCAACCUCAGCUCAGAACAUAGUCUUCAUCAGGACUCAGGAGACGCAGAUUCACGACCAGCAAGAUUAUGAUGAGGCAGCAGGUGUGGGAGAGAUCUGACAAGCUGUGUGUGGGCCCGUAAGCGUGACACAGAGCACGAGAUGAGGACCAUUAUUCCUGUGUUUGGAGGCGGUGAUGGAGGGGAGUCCCGCGGCCUCCGCAGCAGGGUGGGCAGGAUGAAGAAUCUGCUUUGGCUCAGGCCGAGUCAGUGCGUGGACGUCCACAUGGACACAGAGCCCGGCGUGUGGCUGACCAGCUUCCAGUCGUUGGACACUGAUGGACAGUACGAGGACCCGGUGCAAGAGUGGGGGGAGGAGGAGGAGGACGGGGCUGUGUUUGGCAUCACGCUGCGCAGGGAGCCCAUCCUGCCGAGCCUGGACACGGCGGAGCUCCCUACAACCUUCGCCCAGUACCGCGCGGUGAAGGUGCGCAGGCUGAAGGCCGCCACCCUGGAGCGUCUGCUCAGCCACCUGCUGGACCCCGAGCACCAGGAGCCCGACUUCAUCCGUGUCUUCCUCUCCACCUACCGGGCCUUCAUCUCCUCCACCAACACCCUUAUCAAGCUGCUGUUUCAGAGAAAUGACUCAAUCGCCAACCUGGAUAACACUGUCUGUCAACGCAGUCCCUUACCCCCAGUGAUCCGGCUGUGGCUGGAGGAAUACGGUGAAGACUUCCGCGACCCCCCUCAGUACCAAGACCUCCAGCUGCUGUGUGUCCACUUGCGGCAUGGCCUCUGCUUCAGACGCUUGGCUCAGACUGCCGAGACCCUCCUCAAGAGGCUCCAGGAACAAGAUUGCAGCGACUCUGCGUCACAGCACAACAGCGAAUCAUUGCAGCAGGAGCUCAGAGACCAGGAGGACGGAGGAGAGGCGUCCACUAAGGACGAAGACAAACACUUUAUGGACUUCCCUGUGAGAGAUGUGGCGGAGCAGCUGACCCGAUUGGACGCUAAGCUGUUUGUCCGAGUGGUUCCCUUCCACUGCCUGGGCUGCAUCUGGUCCCAGCGCGACAAGAAGGAAAACCGAAACCUGGCGCCCACCGUCCGCGCCACCAUCUCCCAGUUUAACGCCGUCACCAACCGUGUCAUCACCUCACUCCUCUGGCCGUCCUCUCCCAGCCCUUCCACUUCCUCUCCCAUGUCAUCGCCCAGCUCCUCCUCCUCCUCCUCCUUCCUGUACCCCUCGAUGGCCCCGAGCUCACCUCGCUGCUCUCACACCAGCCCCGCCCACAGGGCACGCAUCAUCGAGAGGUGGAUCGCCAUAGCUCAGGAGUGCAGGCAGCUGAAGAAUUUCUCCUCUCUGAGGGCCGUCCUUUCAGCCCUGCAGUCCAACGCUGUGUAUCGCCUCAAGAAGACCUGGGCUGCUGUCAGCAGGGAAAGCAUGGCCACCUUCGACCUCUUGUGUGAGAUUUUCCCUGAUGAGAACUGUGUACUAACCAGCAGAGAGAUCCUGGUGGAGGAUGGGACUCAACCAGAAGGCAGCGCCACCCCCGGCUCAGCGUCCAGACAUAGCUUCAGCAGUGGUGUGGUGCCGUACCUGGGCACUUACCUGACUGUCCUCACCAUGCUGGACACAGCGCUGCCUGACACAGUGGAGGGUGGACUCAUCAACUUUGAGAAGCGCAGACGGGAGUUUGAGAUUGUCUCUCAGAUUCGGCAGCUUCAGGCUUCCUGCUCCAACUACAGCCUACCAGUAAACCAUCGUAUCGCCGCCUGGCUGCAGGCACAUACACUGCUCACAGACCAGGAGAGCUAUGAGCUGUCUCGUGACCUGGAGCCUCCAGUUGACCCCUGUCCCAGCUCUCCCAACUCAUGGAGCAGUCGCCUGCUCGCCAAGAAACUUGCCACGUUGCGAUCAUCCAGCGACAGCUCCCUCAGGAAGACCCACGCUGACCAGAUCAGUGUGUCGUCUUCUGGCUCCAGCAGUUCAGACAUGGAGGACCUCUCUGGCCCUCAGCCCUCCCCCCUCAGAGUCAAAAUCAAGUCUCUGUCAAGCUCGCUCCACAAUGUUGCAGAGGAUUUCUCCGUCAGCUCCAUGUCCUCCUCCUCUCCCAAUCUGUCCAGCUCCUCCAGCAGCUCCUCACACCCAGACCUCAGCUCUUCUUUGGCGCUGAGCCCGGAGUCGCCAUUGCCCGGCUGCUCUCCUCAGGCCGCGCUGCCCGUCUACAACAAGCAGGUCGCUGACUCAUGUAUCAUCAGGGUGAGCGUGGAGUGCGUCAGCAACGGAAACGUCUACAAGAGCAUACUGCUGACCAGUCAGGACCACACGCGUCAGGUGAUUCAGAGGGCUCUGGAAAAACACAACAUGGAGCAUGUCUGCCCCUGUGAUUACAACCUCUGCCAGAUGCUCAACAAUCAUGGCAAAGAGCUCCACAUCCCCGACAAAGCCAACGUGUUUUAUGCCAUGUGCACCUCCGCCAACUAUGACUUUGUGCUGCGUCAGCGCUGGAGGAGCCACAGGAGACAUCUGGGCUCCUCUUCCAGUCCCGGAGCUCAACCCAGGAGCCGCUACGCCAGGUGAAACGCAUCUGUCCUGGCUGACUGUUUAUUUAGAGGACAAAGGAGCUGCUCGUGUGCAAACAAACGCAUCCGUAUUUACUCACCGCCAGGAGAUAUGAGCCACUCUGAAAUAGAGACUCGCAAGCAACUGAGCUUUGACUGCAAAAUAUCCUUCUCCUCUUUGCCUGGAGCAACACUGAAAUGUGUUAUACCGAGAAUUAUCGUGGACCGUUUUUAAAAGAGUGAUGCAAGAAGAGAGAUAUAUCCAAGUACACCGAAGUGAGACACCAAGUAGGAUUUUGUAAUUGUCGUCCAUCAUCUUGAACAUCAACAUCAUUGGAUAAAUGAACCACACUUCCCAGGAGCUGUUUUUCCUAAGAUAAACACACUUGUAUUAUGUAGACAAAGGCACAUUGCAUCGUGGACUAUUGGGCAUCAAUGAGGUGAACAGGGCCUAACGUAUCACUGCAGCGACAUACAAACAGGAUGAGGAUCAGCUGGUCUGGGAAAACAGGGGUGUCAUGGUCAGGAGAAAACGUGGCCGCAGUUGCUCGUCCGGAACUCGGACAAGACGUGGGACUUUUCCUUCAACGUGUGUGACUGAAUGAGUAACGGACUCCUUUUUAACUAAGUGAAGCAGAGCGACUAAGUAGGGAUGCUCCCUGUUAGUCUAUGAGGAACGGUUUUAGUCAUGCUGACCGCGUUGAAGAACAACGAGACUCCCC